UGGAAAAUGGCGGAAUUUUCUGAAAGCUCACAGGCAAAUGUUUAUUGUCAAGCAAGCAGAAGUAACAUUACAAGACAAUCUUCAAGAUCAUCCUCAGAAACUCUUUCGCCAAGUUGCAGCUCACCAAGUUCGACUGAAAAUGACGUGCCAUCAAGCACUUGUGAAUGGAGAAGAAGUUUAAUAGAAAAACUUGGAAUACGUUUUGAACGUAAAUCGCCAACUGACAUUAUCAUGGAGCACAUGUCCGCUGUGGCAUAUAACCUCAUGCGUGAUGAAAUACAAAACCUUGAGGAGCUAACAGAUAUCUUGGGUCAUCUUAAUAAUCUAAAUCAUGAGAAACUGCUUGAAAUCAAUUUUAAAGGUCUCAAUUUCUCGAGGCCAGUAGAGGAAAAGCUGCGGUACAGCAAUAGAUUCAAAGAAAUAGACAUAUCAAAGUACUCAACAUUUAUGAAGAAAUUUGGAGUAAGCCUUUGGUAUAUUCUGAAAGAAAAACAGCCUAUUAUAUCUGAGGAAAAGUAUCGGUGCCUAUUUGAGCAAUUUCUUCAGAUGUUUGGAAUUGACGUCAUGGCACAUCCUGUAAUAGAUGCAGAAUCAACAGAUAUUUCUGGUAGAAAAGUUUCAGCAAAGGCAGAUAUUGUGUGCUUUAGUCCUAGAGAUGUGAAGAAAUACACUUUGGCAAUUUGUGAGGUGAAAAAGGAAUGCCCUUUCACAGAUGAAGAGACAGGACCAUCACCACAGAAAUUCAGAAGAACAGAAGAUUCUCCACAAAGAUCCCAGAGCUGCCAUUUACCUGAUGGGUUACUUGCGCAACAUGUCGGUGACCUUUUGACCUACCUGGACAAAUCAAUAUGUAAAGGGGCAAUAUUAGGAAUGACCGUGGAAAAAACAAUGGUUACAUUUACAAGGUUAUCUGUGACAGAUGAAACAAUGGAAAAACUUCAAAGAUCACAUGGUUCACUGAAAUUAAAAGAAGAAGAAAGACCUGUUCUUUACUACAGUAAACCUUAUAAUUACUUGCUGAUGGAGGAUAGAAAAGAAAUUGUAAAAGCACUUCUGACUCUCACUGUGAUGGAAAAACGGCGAGCAAAAAAGUCUUGAUAUCAGAUGCUAUGCAUUACUGAGUUAUUGUUUUAUUGUUGUCGUAAGUGUUUGCAAAUGGAACUGUUUUAAGUAUAACUGGUGCUUAAUAUAAUGAAGAAAUGAAUUUAGUUUUUGAAGAUUCAUGAGGAUAUGAACUACGGCAUUUCAUGCCGGCAUAUUUCAUGAAGCGGGUUAGCUCUUCAUGAUAAAUAUGCCGGGGUGAAGCGUUGUAGUUCAUAUACCUCAUUAAUCUUCAAAAAUUAAAUUCAUUUCUUAUAUUUACAUUAUUUUUCUGAUGACUUGCCAUAAAUUUACGCCAUUCAACUGUCAUUUUUAAAGCAAAACAGUGUGCACAAUAUUUUUUAAUGCCAAGAGUGGUAUUGUGACGUAACAAUGGAGAUAUUCAUGUUUAUUCAUAGUACAUACGUAAUGUAGUUCAUGAAAAAAAUGAACUGCAUUUUUUUUGUGAAGACUCAUAGGGGAAAUUUACUGGAAAUGAAAAUAUUAGUUGUUAAACUUAAAGAUGUUUUCAAGUGACUUCCCCUACUCUCAGAUGGUACUCAAAUUUGUUGCAGACAGUAUUGAGUAACACACAUUUGAUAUCUAUUUGUCCCCCCUUAUCUUUCCAGAGCUGUCCCUAUACAUUCCAAGUAUUUCAGAAUUCCGAUUGGUUGUCUUCCAGCAUAGGCUGUCCAUCAUUUAGCUUUUAUGGUCAUUAAUGUUGUAAAAUCCAUAGCUCUAUUCUGAUACAUAGAUCUGUUAAUUGACGUAGUUUGGGAAAAGAUAUCUUGAAAUCCUUUUUAGCAUUUUGUAUGUUGAAUUGUGCCUGAAUUAUCAUUUUUAUUUAUUUCAUGCUGUUUUUGAAAACUCUGCCAAUAAACUCAAGUUUCUAUUUUUGAAAUUUUUUUAGAGAUUGAAAUAAUGCAUUCAAUAAGUAUAAAUUGUUACUUGGUCAAAGAGUCAAUCCCUCAUUACGUGAUUGUAUUGAGUAUUUUUCAGAUGUGUCUAAUGUAUUUACCUAAAUCUACAAUGUAUGUACACCAUGAAGGUAUGAACAUCAU